UGGGUCUUGAAGCUACGCCGAGAAAAACACUAAUUGCAACCAGCCAUCUUGCCAGAGUGAAACAUUGCCAAUGUCAGAGCUAUGCAAAGAAGCUUGCCUAGACAUUCAUCCACUUCCGUUCACAUUGAUUGUUCCAACCGGACGCAUCUUCGUUACAAAUCGCGCUGAGGGGAAAAGCAAGAGAUCGGAAUAAUCUCUCAUGGAGGGGGGCCAUCUCCAGAGAGUGUCAGAGCAACCCAAAUGCUCUUUUACCCCCUCUUGUACGGCGUACUGGUGCUGCCUUUGCCAGCGGCUCGUUUUUCCCAAACUAGGGGUGACAACGUUCCGUUUUCGGUGACAGCUUCCUCAGCCGCAUUGUUCGCAUUAUCCGGUCUGUUCAACACGAUCUUGUAUGCUUUUACUCGUCCAAGGUUGAUUCCGGGCAGAGCUUCGCGCAAUCCAGAGGGCGCGCAUGUUACUAUCGCAGGGAUGGCACACGAUCGCUUUCCACAUGGUCACGUGGCUGGGGACGACACCUUUGUGAUGACGACUGGCUUGGACCCGGUUCUAUGACACACUAGAUUUUCUCCAGCUUUCAGGGUCUGCGUGACACAUUGAUGCUG